AUGUCAUACAACAAUACACUUCCAUCAAAUAUUUUCUCCAAUCACCACCAAUUCAUGCAAAUUUGUGAUUAUGACGACAAUGAUGUUGAUGAUGAUAACAAUCAUGAUCAUACUAGUAAUACCAGUCACAAUAUGAUCCAUCCAACAUCCAACUGGUUCACACCACAAACUGCACAGGCGAUCUCAUCCAUAUUACCCAUUCCCAAUUCUACCUCGUCCACAUCUAUGAUUCACACUAAUGUCGAUAAUCACAGUGAUUCUCACUCAUUUUCCUCACAAACAGAUCCAUUCCGCUUAGCAUUCGAAACAUCACCUAUUCAUACAAACACUAUUCAUCAUUACAAUACGAAUUGUAAUCGUCAUCUUCAUUCUGGUAUACAACAGUACAACUCCUUGUUCAUUCCAUACCACAAUUACAUCAAUCAAUGGAACAACGUGCAGACGAACAAUGUCACUCCACCUGUCAACGACAACCACAACACUGUGAAUGUGGCCAAAAUAAAGGGAUUACAUCGCAAUCAUCCACAACGUCGUCAACAUCAUCGUCAUCACCACAAUCACCAUCGCCAUCACCAUCAACAACAAUUCCAAACUCACAAUGUCAAGCCGUGUGAUCUGAUCACAGAAGAUGAACCGAAACCGAAUUUCAGUUAUAUUGGAUUGAUUGCAAAGGCCAUACUCAGUACACAAGAAAGACGUAUGAUAUUGUCAGAAAUCUAUCAAUGGAUUCAACUACGUUAUCCAUAUUUCAGUACACGUGGACCAGGAUGGCGUAAUUCCAUUCGACACAACUUGUCAUUGAAUGAUUGUUUCAUUAAAGUCGGUAGAGCAGCAAAUGGGAAAGGACACUAUUGGGGAAUUCAUCCAGCCAACUUGAAAGACUUUCUCAGUGGUGACUUCAGAAGACGUAGAGCACAACGCAAAGUACGUCGAGCAUUAGGAUUGAGUCGACCUGACGAUAAAAUUCAUGAUGAUGAUGACGACGACGAUGAUGAUGAUGAUGAUGGUGAUGACGUUGAUGGUGAUGGUGAUGAUGGUGGUGGUGUUAGUGGUGAUCGAGUUGAUUGUCAAUAUGUGAAUUCAUCAUGUUCUUCACUCGAUCCUGUAUUCCUCAGAUCUCAUCCACUCUCCACUCAACAUCCAGUCAAUGUCAGUUUCAAUGUGGUCAACUUGAUUGAUCACAAACUUAAUCAAAGUGAUCUUGAUCCUGAUUCCGAUCCUACUCGUAAUCAUGAUGAUGAUGAAGAAGAAGGUGUAGUUGUUGUUGUUACUGAUGUAAAUAAUGAUGCUACAAUCUCUAAAAUGAAGAAGUCACAACAAUAUCAUGUACACAAUGAAGGUGAUCAAAAGACUGAUCUUGAUCAGAAUGAAUCACAAGAUGAUGAUGAUGAGGAGGAGGAGGAUAUUAAACUGGAAUUACAUCCAGCAAAACUCACAACCAAUUGA